GGCGGGGUUUUAGAUUUCUGUAGAGAGUCAGGUCCCGCCGAGAGCUCACCCCACUCCGAGUCCUACCGAUUCAAAAGAAGUUUGAUAUCAAUCCAGACAAAACUUCUACAAGUAAAAACAAUCAUAUCAAAAAGAUAAUUUCCAUCUCGUCCAAAAUCAACUUAUACCCAAACCCCUCCAAACUAUUUUUCGUAUCACCAGAAAACUAGCAACCAUGCCUCGUCAAUUCUUCGUCGGAGGUAACUUCAAGAUGAAUGGAUCUGUUGAUUCCAUCAAGAAGAUUGUUGGAAACUUGAACGAUGCCAAGUUGGACCCAAAUACCGAGGUUGUCAUUGCUCCACCUGCUCUUUACCUUCUCCUUACCCGCGAGCACUUGAGACCUGGACUUGAGGUUGCAGCACAAAACGUUUUCGACAAGCCAAAUGGAGCUUUCACUGGUGAAAUCUCCGUUGAGCAACUCAAGGACAGCAACAUUACCUGGACACUUCUCGGACACUCUGAGCGUCGUGUCAUUCUCCAAGAAGAUGAUUCAUUCGUAGCAUGCAAGACCAAGGCUGCUCUUGAUGGAGGAGUUGGUGUUAUUUUCUGCUGCGGAGAGACCCUUGAGCAAAGAGAGUCUAACAAGACGAUCGAAGUUGUUACCGCACAAUUGAAGGCUGUUAAGGAUAAGGUUCAAGACUGGUCGAAGAUCGUCAUUGCAUAUGAGCCAAUCUGGGCUAUUGGUACUGGAAAGGUUGCUUCCACCGAACAAGCACAAGAGGUACACGCCGCCAUCCGUUCCUGGUUGAAGAAGGAGGUUAGCGAGAAGGCUGCAGAGGAGACCAGAAUCAUCUACGGUGGAAGUGUUAGCGAGAAGAACUGCAAGGAUUUGAGCAAGCAAGAGGACAUUGAUGGUUUCUUGGUUGGAGGUGCUUCAUUGAAGCCAGCUUUCGUUGAUAUUAUCAACAGCCACUUGUAAGUGGUUUUAGGAUUUCAUGAAUUACGAUUGUAAAUUGGGUAUUCAACCCUACCAGGCAAUAAAAAAGACCUAGCAGUAUGAUAUGUUUUCAGGAAAUAUCCACUACCUCAAAGCCAAUUCUAGUCUCAUGCUUGUUAUAUGUGAGAAUUCUAAUACAUCGAUAGAUCUGUGAAAGGUGAUAGUAAAAUUUGAAUUAUUAUACAAGGUGUCGGAAUAUCUAAUCUGCAAUCUAGCAGGUAGUUUGACGGGUUCUAUC